AUGCCACAUGAUCUAUCUCGGAAAAUCUGCUCUGUUGCAUCAGCGUUUGAAAGUCCGGUUCGGUCCGGUUUUUUGAUGCCCAGGGGCGUUAACCGUAACCGUAACCGGUCUGCCUUUUCCCCAGAAGUCAAAAGACCAGACCGGACCGCAAAAAGACCGCAGACCACGGUUUUUUGCGGUCUAUAG